GCAGGGAUGUCAGACAUGCACGCAAGGAGGAGAGAACAGACAGACGGUCUUUUGCCAACAUAACAAAAACAGGACACCUCCUCUCCGACCUGAUUCACUGCCUGUGAGGAAAAGGAGGCGAAUAGCGGGUACUAUGUGCCCGCCUUGUGGGUGCGUGCGUGCGGAUCUUAGUGCGCGACGCUGUAAAGGCAGCGCGUGCAGAUUCUGCGGCAACUGUGAACGCGGAAUAACGGGGAUUGUGAAACUCAGCGAGACAUGGUAAAGCACGCUGAUUAUUGAGCAAAUCAUCAACUAGACAAUAAUUUGCUGUCGUAUCCAAUGUGUGUGCCUUCAUGCGUCCUAUUUAUUGAUCGAACUAUCACAGUGGAUGGGAAGGCAAGCAUAGAACAUUUCAAUGCAAAUCAAGACUCCUUGGGUUCAGUGCCUGUGAUUCUGCAUAUUCUGUCGGUGGUCAGUUUCAAAUCUGCCGGAUAGACACCAGAUGAAAGAAUGUCACACAUAUCUGGGAUACCAGGAAGGAACUGAGCUAUAUCUGCACUGAAUGAACACUGUGUGCUGGCGGUGCACAAUGUUGUCACGAUAACAUCAGGCUGACUCCCCUCUGACUGUGGCAGGUGGAAGACCGGAGGGUCAGGCUGGGAGUAGGGGCUGAGUCAGGAGUGAAUCAGCGGGAGUUUGAUUGACAGACAGCUCAGUGGGAAACAAAGCCUCGAGAGAGAGAGAGAGCACGAGUCCGAUAACAGGAGUGAAAGUGUCGCCACAGCAAUAUCAUCUUUCAGUCCUUACUGCCACUCGUCUUUCACAACAUGGCCUCUACAGUGGCACUGUUUUCCUCUAAUGCUACCUCUUUGGGGAUGUAGCAAGACAAUGGAUACUGGACACAUGGAUGCAUUCCUGUAGAGUGCUUCUAAAAGUGUCUUCAAGACAUCGAUUUUAAGGUGUUCACUAUCAACUUUAAAUCAAACUGUUUAACUACUGUUUCCAGGAUAGGAAAUCUGACAAGGUUCAAGGAACGUUUUUGGGAAGUUGUUGACUCUCAUUUUAUAUGUUUCUGUGUAACAUCGAAGGCCAGUGCUUGUGGCUCAAGAGCCCGUCAUGGCCAGACCUCUGUUAAAGAUCCAUCGCUAUUUCCGGCGUAAACCGGUGCGCUUUUUCUCCUUCAUCUUCCUCUACCUCACCGCUGGCAGCCUUGUUUUCCUCCACUCUGGCUUGUCCAGUGAUACCUCCACCACUGCCAGUUCUGGGAGUGGCCGUGACCCACUUAUAUCUGAAGGUGGGGUUAGCACAGGUGGUGGAAGCUCUACCUCUGAAGGUUUGGGACUCAUAGGAAGAGUGUUUAAAGAGACACGGAGAGCCCCCCGGAGAUUUGGACCACCGUGGAUGAAGGAAAAUGGGGCAAAGGAUGCACCGGAGUGGGCAGGCAGAGGAGGAGAUCAUACCAACAGCUGGAGCCAUGGAGCCAAAGGAAGAACCACCAAAGAUAUAGACGAUGGGAGAGCAAAGUACAUCGGCUGCUAUGUUGAUGACACACAGAAGAGGGCUCUUAGAGGAGUGUCCUUCUUUGACUACAAAAAAAUGACUGUCUUCCGUUGCCAGGACAACUGCGCUGAAAGGGGGUAUCUCUAUGCUGGUCUGGAGUUCGGGGCAGAGUGCUAUUGUGGCCACAAGAUCCAGGCACCCAAUGUGUCAGAGAGUGACUGCAAUAUGGAGUGUAAAGGGGAGAAGAUGAACCUCUGUGGAGGACCUAAUCGACUCUCCAUAUAUAGACUAGAGCUGAGUCAGGAGUCUGCUCGCCGAUAUGGGAGUGCCAUCUUUAAGGGAUGUUUCAAGAGGCCGGAGAAUGUGACCCUGGCACUGCCAGUUUGUGCCGUCAUUCAAAACAUGUCAGUGGAAAAGUGUGUAGACAUGUGCACAGAAAAAGAAUAUUCUCUGGCAGUGUUGGCUGGGGAAAAAUGUCACUGUGGAUUUCCCACUCCUCUGUUUACCCUACACGAGCAUGAGGACGAGGAAAUGUGUCGGCAGAGAUGCGCAGGAGAAGACUUUGAGAGCUGUGGGAACAGUGACUUCUUUGUAGUGUACCAGACACAAGUGCAGGAUAAUCGCUGCAUGGACCGGCGCUUUUUACCCACUCGCACCAAGCAGCUAAUAGCACUGGCAAGUUUCCCAGGUGCUGGGAAUACCUGGGCCCGUCACCUUAUUGAACUGGCCACUGGCUACUACACUGGGAGCUACUACUUUGAUGGCUCACUGUAUAGCAAAGGUUUUAAAGGGGAGAGAGAUCACUGGCGCAGUGGUAGAACUUUAUGUAUCAAGACUCAUGAGAGUGGCAGGAAGGAGAUUGAGACCUUUGACGCCAGCAUCCUUAUGAUGCGGAACCCUUACAAAGCCCUCAUGGCUGAAUUUAACCGAAAAUACGGUGGCCAUAUUGGAUUCGCCUCCCAAGCUCACUGGAGGGGGAAAGAGUGGCCAGAGUUUGUGAAGAACUACGCUCCAUGGUGGGCAUCUCACACACAAGACUGGCUAAAACACGGGAAUAAAAUUCACGUGGUGCACUUUGAGGAGUUAAAGCGGGACCUUUUCUCUCAGUUAAAGGGCAUGGUUAUCUUUUUGGGCCUGGAGGUCUCAGAGGAACGUCUACUGUGUGUGGAAGGACAAAAAGACGGGAACUUCAAACGUUCUGGGCUGAGAAAGCUGGAAUAUGACCCUUACACACCUGAAAUGCGUGCCACCAUUGAUGGGCUCAUUAAGACUGUAGACGCAGCACUCAAAAAGAGAAAACUGCCUGGUGUACCUGAGGAGUACAGGCCGAGAUGAUACUCAUCUUUUACCUUUCACAACAGACACACACUUUCAGCUUUGAGUAUUUAUUUUUUAAAUAUUUUUUCCCCUUUUUAGAAUGUUAAAUUGUAUGUUUAUUGUUGUUCCCCUUGUUUGUGUUAGAAAUAGCACACAGAAAAUGAGAGUAAAUGGUGACUAAGGAUGUUAUUUCAACAUUAUUGCACAGGGUCUGGAACAACAUUAAGAUUAGGAAAUGAUGACAACAUUUUCAUUUUUGGGGGAACUAUCCCUUUAACUCAGUAUCACAAAUUACGUUUUAAUCCCAGGCAAUGAAUAUUUAUGCUGUCUAUGAAGGUUUAUAUUCUAUAAUAUUAGUUAGACAUUACAGUAUAUGGAAACAAGUGUUUCCCCUACACACAUCACACCGGCCUUUUCGGCCACAUCUAAAGACAAUGAUCCCUUAAGCACUUUAGUCACAUUUGGAUUAUAUUGUGAUUUCUUCUGUUUUAAACCUGCACCCCAGUUUCCUGUCCCCACAAAUAUUUGGACAUUGCCUUCAGAUGUUAUGGUGCUUCUUGAAACAGAUUAAAGAAAUAGCUAAGAACAACAAAAACCUAUACCACUAGUAUUAGAUAAAUGCAUGGACAACUCAUAAACAUGACAUAUUGUCUGGUACAAGCCUUCAGUGAUUUGCAGCCAAUAUAAAAUCCUUAUUGUUCUUCUGUUUCUGCUGGAUCUGUUUAGAACACUUCAUUGAAAUGAUUUACUUUUAGAUUUUUCAGUAAGGUUUUGUGAGGUUGAGAGAAUUGUUGCGCCUAAAUAGCACUCAUAUAUCCUCAGGUGCAUAGAGCAAAAAAAGUUGUAAUAUCCAAAAUCCUCAAGUGAAGCUGUCCACACACUGAAUGAAGAACAGACCAAGAAGGUCUAUCAAAAUUAUAUAUUUUUAUUGAUUAGUGAAAAAGUGCAAUGUGCAGUGAGCUAAAAACUGACCAGUAAGAAGACGUUUCAGCCCAUAGCUUUUUCCAUUGCUCAGAAAAUUUAUUUUUAAAAGACCUUCAUGGUCUGUUCUUCAUUCAGUGUGGACAUAAUCUGUUGUGGAUUUCAGAGAGGUUUUAGAACAUUUUGCAAUGGAAAUAAUAUUUUUUUUAAAUCCUGUGUUUAUAAAGAGAAUGGGGGCUUCUUGUAAAUUGCUUGAAAUAGCACAAUGACUGACCAUUUUAGAUUUCCACCACUUUCUCCUUGACAUGUAGUUAUCUAUUAAGCAAAAUACAACCCAGUCUCAUGAAAAUCCAUACAUGUUUUACGAGUUGGCUUUUUCACAGUUUGUUCAUAUAAAUUUUAACAAUACUAUUACGUGCAAAUGCCUGGAUAUCUAAUGCGGAAGUAGCAGUGAGUUUUAAGGGCAAGGCGCUAAGGACAUUCAUAUUAAUAUUAUGCCCAUACCAAACACUUAUCUACACUUAACCGAUCAGUAGAGUGUGUAAACAUGAUAGGAACCUGUUGAGUGUGACAGAAGCAAGUAAUUGCCACGUAUUAGAUGGAAAUGAUGUCCAGCGGUGUCAUUGGCUGUAGUGAAAGUCGUACGAUUUCAUAAGAUUUAGCCAAAUUUAGAAAAGUCAUAUGAAUCCUUACGAUUUCACCAUGAGCCUGUGUAGGCAAAAACCCCUUCUCCAACAAUUUGCGUCCCAAUUUAGAUAAUGACAGCAGUUACAGGGCUCAACUGAAAUAAUGUGUACUUUCCAUUUCCCUUGACCUCAUAUUAUUCCUCCCAAAUAUCAGUAUAUACUGUGAAUCAUGGUGUGGAUGCUAUUGUAAACUGUUCUCUAGAAAUUGUUCACAAUUGUUAUUUUUGUUUUUAGAGUUUUAAUUGUGAAGAAUUUUAUGUGCAAACAUGUGCAAGAGACUCUCAGAAAUUCUAAACAUCAACCAGUAACUUCCUGCUUGUCAGCUUGAGACCUAAAAAAUAACAUUUAAUACAUGUAAAUACACAUAUCUAUUUUUGCAAUGCUCAAAACGAGAACUACGUGACUUUAAAAGAUAGAAGACUAUCACCUCUAUUUUUGAAAAGGCUUUCAAAUUUGAGCAUCACAUGCUUUCUGUUUAAAAAAGGAACAAAACUGAAGUGUCUUUUUGAAUGUAUUUUGUAUGGAAUAAAUGUAAGAAAUGUAUAUCAAAUAAAACAUUAGAAAGUAAUUGUCAACAGUGCAAAGGAAAUAAAAUGGUAGAA